CGCAAAACUACAUUUACACACUGUGGCUGUAGCUAAUACAGAAUCAACAGAUUACGGAACAUGUUGUCGAAUUGACAGAGAGUGGAGCAUAAUUAGGGAGAGUUAGUUGGGAAGUCGUAGUCUAAAUAAAAAGCUUUAUAAUAUGGAGGACGAAUUGCCGGAAGUGAAGGACGAUUCCCGUGCUUUUUUUCAACGGAAAGAAGGUCGGAUGGGGCUAUAUUUAGAGAUAUAUGAUGCCAAAGCUGAACAUCCAAAGGAAUAUGGUUCUGACCAUUUCUUUUUAAUGUCAUUAAAAGACAAGCUUGCGGAAUAUUUAGAUGAGUUUGACUUAGUAAAGGCCAAAGGGAUCAUGGAGUCUAAGAAUGUAGGCAAAGGAGUCAUCUUGGAAAAAUUUGUACAUGGAUUAGUUCUAUCAAUGGCUUUCGACAAUACUGAGGCCGUGGAAGGAAUCUGGAAACUACAUUGUACUAAUAAGUUAACAGCAAUUGUUCAGGAUAUGUUUGUUGACGAAGCUAUGUUGAAAACUGUUGGUGCAGUUCGAGUGACGUUACAAGCAAAGCUAUGGGAAGAUGAAUACACGGCGUGCAAAACAGAAUUACUUUCUACGGCGAUGGAUCGCCUUAGCUUGAAGAAAAGCCAAAAUGGUAUCAGUAUGGUGAAACGGCUUCGCGAAGCACAGAAACAAAUUGUUGAAAUGACAUGCAACCUAAGAGAUGAAGAAACUCAGUUUGAACAGAACCUGUCAACUUUCAUACUCAAUGUUAAACAAAUUCUACCAACGAAUAUCCUUGCUAUUAAUACUCUUAAAGAAUUCCACACGAGCAUCAAGAUCGCAAAGGGCACCAAAGGAGCGAAACCUGAAACGUUCGAAACCAUUGACCAUUACUUCAGAACGUUGCAACAACUGCGAAAGGCGUUAGCACAAGUUGAACGAAUUGUCUGGUAUCCGCUAUCUCAAAUCCACGCUGCCUGUGAAAAUGAAAGUCAAAAGACAACUAAGAAAUCGAUUAAGGACACUCACACGGAGAUCGUUAAUAUGUUAAAAGCUGACUUCGAUCUUCAAAAGGUUAAAUACAAAGAAUGGGAAGGAAAAAUACUGUUCCGGGAACAGAAACUCUUUCUAGGGCUGGUCAGUCUUGUGCCCUUGGCUCUAGAGAAGAUACUGGAUAUAGAUCACAUGGUAGAUGAAUAUAUAACAGAUUUCCCAGAUAGGAUCAAAGUUUAACUACAACAAUAAUCUUGAAAACAUGUCUGAAUUUCGUUGCAAGACUGUAGUUAUUUUACAUGACAAAAUUAAUAUUAGAACACUGCCUUCUUUUGGUGUCUUAACUUUUUAGCUGAAAGAUAUUUCACUAGUAGAACUCCAUCUUGGCUUUCUCUGUGUCAGUGGAGGGAGGGGCAAAAUUAUAUACGUAUUGCGGACAGGACAUGGGCAUCUUGGAAUUAGCGAUUUAUAAUACAUGUGAUAGCUUUUCGAAAUCCGGAAGUAUCAUGAUUUCUUGAAAGGGUAAACAUGCCCAACAUUAUGCACGAUACCAUGAAUUGUGUUGAGUGCAACCCAAGACAUCUUCAGAAUGUCAUUGGCGGGUAGAGUUGUCUGUCUUAGUUUCUUUGUAAUAUCAAAUUAAGCUGAUAUUUAUGUCCGCGCGCGACUACGGCAUCCAUUUAUAGUCUUGGUUUUUUUUAAUUGCGAGUGAAUACGUCAUGAUACUUUCGAUACGAAUUUUUAUUUCUCUUAGAGUACGCUCGCAUAGAUCAUACAUUAACAUUGGGGCAAAGUUACGCAAGUGGCGCUGAGCUACUCACGUCUCCAUAGAUGCCUUCUUUAUAUCUUUUUGUUUUCUAUGCAUUAAUUCUAUAAUUCUUCACUAAUUAUUGAUCUAAUUGUGUUAUGUUCAAAUGACAUUUGUUUUGUCUUGGAUUUGUUGUUCAGUUUCCCGGCAUUGAUACUAAUGUGGGGAUGUCUUCUAGAAGACACGAAAACAGGGCACUUGGGUAUAUGUUUGUAUAAAUGUUAGAAGAUCAGAAAGAUUUGCUUAUUGUUUACACAAUUUUUGUCACUAUUCCUAAGACCCUUGCGUCAUAGAGCUUUUUCGGUGUCUUUUGGGGUAUUCCGUCCGUUUACGAUAUAUAAUUUUAUUUAUAUCAUUUAUAUCCAGAACUAAUUAUUAUUCCAUAUGCAUUGAUAUUAUCAUGUGGCUACCACACUUUAACAUUUAAAUAAAAUACCUAUCUAAUCUA